AUGAGCAAUACUACCGCUGCUCCUCCCCCUGACCCCUUCGGCUGGGUUGACCAUGGCGACAAUGCAUGGCAGCUGACUGCGUCGACCCUCGUCGGCCUCCAGAGCGUGCCGGGCCUCGUCAUCCUCUACGGCAGCAUUGUCAAGAAGAAGUGGGCUGUGAACUCGGCCUUCAUGGCCCUCUACGCCUUCGCUGCCGUCCUCAUCUGCUGGGUGACCUGGGGGUACCACAUGUCCUUCGGCGACAAACUCGUCCCCUUCUUGGGCAAGCCCAACUUCGCCCUCGACCAGCAUUCCCUCCUGGAACAGGGUUUUGCUGGCGCGUAUCCUGAGGCCACCCUCGUCUUCUUUCAGUUUGUUUUCGCCGCCAUCACCGCCAUCCUCGUCGCCGGGUCGCUCCUCGGGAGGAUGAACUUCCAUGCAUGGAUGCUGUUUGUGCCCCUGUGGAUCACCUUCUCCUACACCGUUGGGGCCUUCAGCGUCUGGAGCCCCGAAGGGUUCUUGAAUAAGCUCGGGGUCAUCGAUUUCUGUGGAGGGUACGUGAUUCACCUCUCGUCAGGGAUCGCCGGAUUUACUGCUGCAUACUGGGUGGGGCCUCGGACAAGCAAUGACAAGGAGAGAUUUCCACCAAACAAUAUUCUGCUGAUGUUGGCCGGCGCAGGGCUACUGUGGAUGGGUUGGACCGGGUUCAAUGGAGGUGGGCCGUAUUCGGCAAAUGCAGAUGCAUCUCUCGCCGUUUUGAACACCCACGUGUGCGCUGCCACCAGCCUCCUUGUUUGGCUCCUCCUCGAUGACUUCUUCUUCACCAAGCCAUCCGUCAUCGGCGCUGUUCAAGGCAUGAUCACUGGACUCGUCUGCAUCACUCCUGCUGCAGGAGUGGUGCAGACUUGGGCGGCCAUCAUCAUGGGCAUCCUCUCAGGCAGCAUUCCCUGGUACACCAUGAUGAUUCUCCACAAGAAGAUCCAGUUCCUCAAGCAUGUCGAUGACACCAUGGCCAUUUUCCACACCCAUGCUGUCGCUGGCAGUCUUGGGGGCAUCCUCACCGGUCUCUUCGCCGAACCCCGGCUGAACAAAAUCUUUUUCCCUAGUGACGACGUCGACAAGUACAUUGGCUUAUUGUACGGCUUGAAGGACCGCCGUGCAAGCGCCGGCCUCCGCCAGUUAGGAGUCCAGCUUGCUGGCAUCCUCUUCAUCAUCUUUGUCAAUGUCACCAUGACUACCAUCAUCUGCUUGGUCAUCAGGCUGAUCGUGCCGCUUCGCCUCAGCGAAGAGGACUUGCAGAUAGGCGAUGAUGCCAUCCACGGUGAGGAGGCGUAUGCGCUGUGGGGCGAUGGAGAGAAGUUUGAGAAAACCAAACACAACAACGCCUAUAACCUCGAGGAGUUUCCGUCAAUAGCGCCAGUCAAAGCUGCUCAAAUGGUGUGA